CUCUUGAUUGCGAAAGCUGAUGAUCGCGACUGAAGAAGUAGGGGGGAAAAACGGUCUGGUUGUAAUUUCGUAGUUUCCCAAAUAACAAGGCAUACCUCUUUCGCUCUUGUAAAAAUGAGCAUGUUGUCUGUGCUCAAGAGGAAUCUGAGCAAGUCUUCGGCGAAGAUCAGCGUGUUCAAUGUGCAAAGUGCGCCAGUGGUUUUGAAUAAAUGUAAUAACGAUAACGUCGAGUGGACGGAGGCGGCGUCAUACGAGGAUGUGCCUGGACCCAAACCCUUUCCCUUGCUCGGAAAUAAUUGGAGAUUUAUACCUUACAUUGGUAAUUUUCAAAUAGAGCACAUCGAUAAAGUCUCUAAGAAGUUGCACGAAAAGUAUGGGAAUGUAGUCAAGAUUGGAAAUUUACUGGGCCGACCGGACAUGCUAUUUCUGUUCGAUCCCAAUGAUAUUGAAAAGAUUUUCAGGCAGGAGGAUGUUCUACCCUUAAGACCAUCCAUGCCCUCUCUAAACUAUUACAAACACAAGUACAAAAAGGAUUUUUUCGGAGAUGUCGGAGGCGUUAUUGCGGUUCACGGGGACGAAUGGCAAACAUUCCGCACCAAAGUCAACCAGGUGAUGAUGCAACCGCGUGUUGCCAAAAUGUACAUUAAAACUAUUGAGAAUACAGCGAAGGAAUUUGUCGCCAGAGUUGACCAAUUGAGGGAUGAGAAUGAUGAAACGCCGGCAGACUUUCUGAACGAAAUCCACAAGUGGUCAUUGGAGUCCAUAGCAAAAGUUGCGUUGGACGUGAGAUUGGGUUGUUUCGAUGAAAACGCAGACCCUGACACCCAACGGCUGAUCGACGCGGUGAAUACGUUCUUCAUAAACGUUCCCAUUUUGGAAUUGAAAAUUCCUUAUUGGCGUUUAUUCAAUACGCCCACGUUCAAGGAAUACAUCAAAUCAUUGGAAACGAUAAGAAUUAUAUGUCUGAGGCAUGUAACUGAGGCUAUGAACAAUGCGCGAAACAAGGACGAACACGAAAAAUCUGUGCUGGAAAGAGUACUGCAAUUAGAUAACGAUGCCAAGAUCGCAACGAUAUUAGCGUUCGAUCUGUUCCUGGUAGGAAUCGAUACGACAUCCAAUGCCGUCGCUUCGAUUCUCUAUCAAUUGGCGUUGCAUCCAGAAAAACAGUCAAAAUUGCAUUCUGAAAUAAGUUCCAUAUUAUGCGAUGGUGACGACGAACUGGACGCAAACAAAUUGGAGAAAAUGAGUUACCUUAAAGCGGUGAUUAAAGAGACUCUAAGGAUGUACCCUGUAGUUAUUGGAAAUGGUAGAUGCACAACGAAGGACUGCGUUGUCGGUGGAUAUCAAAUACCUAAAGGGGUUCAAGUGGUUUUUCAGCAUUACGUGAUAAGUAAUAUGGAGAAAUAUUUCAAGAGGAGCGAUGAGUUUUUACCUGAAAGAUGGCUGAAGUCAGGUUGUCCGGUUGGACUCAAGGACAACCAUCAUAAUUUCGCAAGUUUACCGUUCGGAUUCGGUAGGAGGAUGUGUCUGGGUCGACGAUUUGCAGAACUCGAAAUACAAACCGUCAUUGCCAAGAUCGUUCAAUCGUACAAACUGGAAUACAACUACCAAAAAUUAGACUAUCACAUACAUCCGAUGUAUACGCCGGAUGGACCGUUGAAAAUAAAGUUUACGAAGAGGAAUUAA